AUGACAAAGUUUGAACAACUACCAAACGAAUUACGACUAAUGUGUUUCCGUUAUUUUGAUUUCUACAAUUUGUAUGAAAUAUUUUAUUAUUUAAAUCAACGCUUUAAAGAAUUAAUUGAAUACCAAACAAAAAUUUGUAUUUAUUUACAUUCAAUUCCAUCUAGAAAAUUUUUAACAUUUUGUUUUCAAUUAAAUCAAUUAAUAACAACACGUCAAAACUAUCCUUUAUCAAUUAUAGCUCAUGAUCAGUACAAACUUGAUGUAAUGUUAGAAGAUGAUUUAUUUAAAGCAACAUUUUCUAAAUUAAAAUCAUUAACAUUAUCAAACAUAGAGACUGAAACUAUAUAUUCUAUUAUAUUUGUUAAAACAGCAGAAUUAUAUCAAAGAUUAGAACGAUUAAAUUUACUAGUUAAAAUCAAGGGAGAAUUUGGCAAAUACGAUGACAUAGAACGCUUAUGUAGUAGUUUGAUAUCAUCAAAAAUGAAAUUAUUAAAAUAUUUGAUGUUAAAUUUUGAACGAUCUUGGAGUGUAUGUGAAUGUAAUUUGUACAUGCGUUCAAAUUACCUUGAUUUAGAAUUUACUCAAUUAGUAGAAGGAGAAAAAUCAUUUAGUCAUUUAGAAACAAUUAUUAUUGGCAGUAUGUCUGAUGAUUGUUAUCUUUCAGAAACAACAAUAUGCUUUCAUAUAUUGAUAGAACAUUUAUUACCAUGUCUACCAAAAUUAAAAAAUUUAAUUAUAGAUUCAAUUCAUUUUGAAACGUUCUAUGAUCGACAAAAAUAUCAAGUAUGCGAAAAGCAUGGUUAG